GUAAACUAGAAAUAUACCAUGAAAUAUUUUGAUUAAUGUAUUUCAAUGAAACUUUAAUUUUAAAAUCCUAAUUUCAUAUUUCGGUCCUGUAGCAAAGGGGCAAAACGAACUACUACUUCAAUUGUGUCAUUUUGAAGUUCACGAUGUUUCUACGUUUAAGAGUGUUUGUUUCUUUUAAUUUAAAAUGGGCUGUUUAUGCUCAAAAGGCUUUUAAAAUACCAAAGAAUUUAAUCUCGUUUGUUUGAAAUAUAGUGGGAACAAAUCCGAAAAAUGGAAAUGAAUAAUCUGUCGAAAAAAUACAGGAAUUCCUUGAGAAUAACAGUAUUUUUCAUGUUUGUUCUUACCAUGUUUGAGUGGUUUGAAUAUUCUCUCUCACCACUACUCAUUUGGCCAAAGUUCUCUAAAGGUGCUGGAGAUACAGUAAAAUUGCUCAUUGUGGGAGAUCCUCAAUUACUUGGAAAUCGCUAUUCUGCUCCUUCCCUUCUUGGUCUCGUACUCCGUUGGGAUGCAGAUAGAUAUAUAUCUAAAACAUUUUCUCUGGCAUACAACUUUGUAGAACCUGAUUUGGUCAUAUUUCUUGGAGAUAAUUUAGAUGAAGGAGAAAUUGCUAAUGAUGAAGAGUUCACUACCUAUUUUAAAAGAUUCAGGAAUGUUUUUCAAGAAGUUGAUUUUGAUAAGGCUGUUAUAGUACCAGGAGAUAAUGAUAUUGGUGGAGAGAAUGAACCACCCUUACCUGAAAUAGAAAAAAGAUUUAAUAAAUACUUUAGAUCUGAUGUUUUCAUUAAAUUUCAAUUUCUGGAAUUCGUCAAAGUAAAUUACAUUACUCAUUCUAAUAAAUACAUGUCAGCACCAAAUGUUUCCAGCGGCUCUUAUAGGAUAAUACUGUCCCAUAUUCCUUUGACUCAGUUUUACAGUACUUUUGUUUCUAAGGUAAUUCCUUUUUUGGAACCUCAUAUAAUUCUCUCAGCUCAUGAUCAUAAGUCACAGUACAUUAUUUCAGAAAGAAAGACUAGUAUUCCAAAGCAAAUGGCUCCUGUUACUGAUUUCAAUUCCUUCCUUUUCAAUAUUACAGAAACUACUGUUCAUGAAAUAGUAGUUCCAACUUGUUCAUAUAGAAUGGGUACAAGCCAGAUGGGAUAUGGUGCUUUAGAGAUAAAUUGAUGUGAUUUUCCUUGAAUGCAAGCUUCAUUUUAUAAUUUCAUCUAAAGUCUCAAUCUGAACAGCCGAGAGGAUAAGAAAAUAAUGUCAUGCAUUUUUUUAAUUAAUGGAUUGAUAUGCUUUUGUAGUCAUUGCAGAAUUCACAGUUCUCAGCAUAUAAAUAGGAAACUCACAGCAGUUAAAAACUUAUUGAUUCUUAUCUAUGAUUUUAUUUCCUAAUGUUAUCAUUUACUUUUACUUUCAAGCUAAAUGUAAUUCAAAAUUCACAUUGUAUGCACUUAUAUUAAUGUUAAAAAAUGGGUUUAUAUUAUGUCUUGAUUACUAGUAUAAUUUAAUGUUACGGAUAAAUAUUUAGUGAGUAUUUUCUGUGGUAUCUUUAUUAAGUAUGAUCGGAUGUGAAUAUUACAGUUUUGUUUACAAUUUGCCUUUAAGGCAAAUUAUCUUUUUUUGAAAGUGGUUCUGUAUGUGUAUGUAUGUUUGUGUCUAAAUUUCUCUUCCUUGGAGAUGAUAUAUGAAAAACCUUUUCUAAUAAUAAUAAUAAUAUAUAUGUGUGUGUGUGUGUCUUUGCAAAAGCUGCAAUGGAUUGAAAAGGUUUAUUACAUUUUAAUAACUUGGUAAAUCUUUACUGCAUAGAUAAAAGGAUGACUUCUGUAGAAAGCUGUAGAAUAUAAUUUUAUUAUUGGAUAAAGAUGCAUAAAAUCUUAUUCACAGUAAAAUAUGCACCCCGCAUUCUUAUUAGCUUAGCACAUCUUCAUACAAUGGAUGCUGCAGAGAAGCGAGCUACAUUCGUUUUAGUAAGAAUGAUGCAAGUGAAAAAGUGAUUACACAUGAAGAAGUUUCAGUUCUUAAUUGAAAUCUCUAAUCUGAUUGGUUAAAUAGCAUUUGUUCUGCAGUGUUACAUUAGAUAGUAUAAUGACGAUUUAGUUUGAAAUUGUGUAGAUAGACAUACUAUAAAUAGUUGCUAUUUUUAAGAUAGAAAGAGGAAAUACCCAAAUUAAAAUGAAGAAUAAAGGGAUUAAUUCAAAAUUAAAGUUAGUAGUUUGCUUUCAUAUUUUUUAUCUUGCAUAUAUAUUAAAUAAUAUACGUGGUUAAAAAUAUUUACCAUGGAAGGUAGCUGAAGGCAAGUGUUUUCAGCAGAAUAUGCUACAAAUUUUCCUGCAUUCACUAUCUAGAGAUAUCAAUACUAGUUUGGUUUUAGAAUAUUGAAAAGAAUGUGUAUGUCAGGUAAGAUUAGUGAAACUUCUUUGUUUAUCUGGUGCAAUGUAAGAAAUUUCUUUAUUACAGCUUGAGUUUAUAUAUAAUGGAAUGAAUUAUUAUAUUAUUAUGGAAGUUUAAUUUUUUCUUAUUCAACUAACACACACAGUUGUUAUUCCUUAUAGGGCUUCCAUGUUGUAUCAAAUAUACAUAGAAUUUUUUAACUUCUUAACUGUGGGAAUUGAAUUCCUAUGUAGCUAACAAUCAAAUUAAAGAAUCUGAGAUGUGUUCUUCAAAAAAUGUACUUCCAUGAAAUGUAGUAUAAGUACAGAAGCACAUUUUGGCUUUGGAAAUGAAAAUAUUUGGAAGUUUAUAGUUUCCUUUGUCAAUAAAGAAAAUUUUACUUAGCAAUGUUUUGCUUUUAUAUAAAUGUUGAUUAUCAAUGUGGUAUCACUGAAUAUUUUAAAAUUGUAACAAUUUAAAUAUGCAAAGAGAAUUUGAGUGAUCAGUGAUAGCUACAUUUGUUUAAUAUGGAGAAUGAAAAUUUUGAUACAGAGGGACUUUGCUUUUCUUUUAAAUUAAGUACUAAUUUUAUGACAGAUUUUUACCAGGUUAUCUAGUGGUCACAAUUAAUAUCUGUUCAGCUUUUCAUGUUUCAGAAUAAUGCUUCUGUCAUUAAUUUCAGUUUGUAAUUAUUAAAAUGUUAUUCUUUGAAGUAAGAAAUUUUUCAGUUAUCUGAUGUGAUUGGUUGCUUCGGAAGAUAUUUUAAAAAUUGUCUCAUGCUCUUCUCAAAUAUGUGUUGUGAUAAUUUUAUUAAUAGUGUUAUUUUUCAUAAAACUAACAGGUUUUAAUGUCUAGAAAAUGGCUGUUAGAUUUUAGUAAGAUAUAAAUACCUCAUUUUACAGCUUUGUGAUAUGUUUGUAGAUUGCAGUUUUAUUCCUUAUUUUAUAGAAUUGAUAUAAUUUUAUAAUCUAGGAAAAAACAUUUACACUAUAGUGAUAUUUUAAUUGUAUGUAUUUAGAAUAUAUCAGCAUGGAUUUUGUGAAACUUCUUAUUUUAUAAUAUUUGUAUAUAAGAUAAUAUUAUAGAUUUAUUAUGUAUAUGAAUGAUUUAUAGAAAAAAUAUUUACUUUUAUUUUAUUGAAGACAGAGUUUUUAUUUAGAUUUGUUACUUUUAAAUUCGUAUUUCAUGUAAUUUUUAUGUCACUGUAAAUUUCUUGGUUCAUACAUAGUUAAAUUUUAUACUAUGAUUUUGGCUUUGUAUACAGCUACAUAAACGUAAAUUCUUCCUUUCGGUCUGUACUUACCAAAUGUGCUGCAACAUUUUGUAUUUAUUUUAAACUGUUUUGCAUUUGUAAUAGUGAUUUGAAUAUUUUUUAUGUGUGUAUCUGUAAUUUUAAUCUUUAACAUUUUUGUGACUAAAUAAACAAAUUAUAAAUAAAUCA